UCCCACUCCUACACACUAACCCUAAGCAAGCCUCUUCCACUUCGCUCCUUUUUUUUUUUUUUUAACAAUUUCUGGCUCCCCAGCUGCUAAGACCCUUCCCUCUGAGCGUUCUUUUUCCCUCUCGCCUCAGCCAGCUGCAGCUUUCUCCACUUCUCCUUGUAGUUUGGUUUUUGAAGGAGAAAUGUGUUGUUCAGUGGGCUUUGCCCGUUCCUUGGGACUGGCACUGUUGCCACUUGCCCUCUGCUGUAUUGUGGCCAACCUGCUGCUGCUGUUUCCAAUGGGAGAAACUACCUACAUAGAGCAGGAUCAUCUAUCAAGAUACAUCUGGUACUUUGGUGGACUAGGAGGUGGCGGACUCCUGAUGCUGAUUCCAGCUGUGGUCUUUAUCACUCUGGGGAAAUGCAGCUGUUGCUGGAAUGAGAGCCUAAUGAUGUGUGGGUCGGUUUUCGCAGCUGUCAUUGGCCUCGUGGGUUCUGGAUAUUGCUUCAUCAUAUCGGGGCUUGCCUUGCUGCAGGGUCCUUACUGCUUCACUUCACUUGGGUGGAGAUACCCCUUUUCAGAGCUAGGUGGCAGCUAUCUGCUAGAGCCAGAGUCGUGGUCCAAGUGCCACCAACCCGUUCAUAUUGUGGAAUGGAACAUAACCUUGCUGUGUGUGUUACUGGGUCUGGCUGUGCUGGAGUUCGUCAUCUGUCUCUUACAGUUGGGCAACGGUCUAGUCAACGCCAUCUGUCGACCUUGCUGCUACAAGCAGCAGUACAGCCUAAAUGCUUAGAAUUGUCACUCAUGUGUCGGCACUUGUACGUCCAGAGUACACACAACAGCACUGGUUUUUCACUGAAACUCACACGCACCAUUUUUAAACAAACAUCAGAUGUAUGGUGUUGUUUUCAUGUUUAAGGAUUAAAACUGUCAUGCAGUCAGGGGUAAAAAGAAACUAAGGCUACAAAUGUAAGUUUGUACUGCAGUUUAGGGAAGUUCUACAGGAAUGAUAAAACAGAAACGUGGGGUUUUUGAUCAUUUGCAAUACUUUUUUUUUAAUAGAAUAGGUGGUACAUUCCGUCUGAAGUUUUGGCAAAAAAAUUCCUAUUACUGUAAUAAACAUUAAAUGGGUCUUAUUUUUAUAUAUGCGUUGUUUGUAUACCUAAGAAAUCAUGUGUCUGUUGCAAAAACAGACUUUGGCAACAAAUGAAGGAAUUUGUGGUCAUUCUCCAUGAGAUUGUUAGAAUUUGAGAUUCAGGAUUGUCAAAAUUGAUUUUACAGUUUUUGUGUGCUUUUUUGCAUAUCUGAGCGAACACUGAAGUUUCCUAUCUUUGAAGUUUGAAUGUGUGCUUUUGAUGUUGAUGUAACAAGAAAAUGUAAAAUGAUGUUUUUUUAGAUUUAUUUGCGAUAAUAGUUCAUUGUAAACCAACAUCAUAUAAAUAUAUAUAUAUAUACAUUUAGUGUUCCUACUUUGUACAUGUUCAUGUUUUUAGAGAACGCAUUACUUUAAGAUAAAAGGACUUAUGUUUA